AUGUCCAAACCCACAUACCUCCUCUUCCCCAACCUACCCCCAGAACUCCGACAAGAAAUAUACACCUACCUCUCCACCCCCGACAACACCUCUACCCCCGCCCAAACCACCAGCCUCCCCCUGGUCCUCAAAACCUACACCUGCAAACACACCACCAUCCAAAUCCUCCCCGUCCACCACGGAUCCGCCGGCCUCCUCUCCUUGCCCCAUGAUAUCUUCCCCGAAGCAGCCGAAUACCGCACUUGGCUCCUCUCCAACGCCGUCGAGCUGUGCAUCGGUGUGCAAUUCACCGGCCGCGUGAAUUCCUUUGUGCAAGCAGAUUGGGACAGGAAAGUGGAGACGCAUCUUAAUAAGCUGGUGAAGCAGCAUGCUUGGCUAAGGAAAGUGAGUAGGUAUGAUGUUAAGGUCUAUUGGAUGCCGAAAGAUGGGCCGUUGAAGAGUAAGAAGGGGAAGAGGGUUGCGGGACGGAUUCCGAAUGCGAUGGUUGAGAGUCUGACUAAGAUGAUGGAUGAAGGGGUUAAGAGGAGGAAAGGGGAGGUGAGGGUUGCGUUGGUUACGGGUGUUGUUUUCGUCUUUGUUAGUGUGGCUCAGUCGGUGAGAUUUGGGUUGGAUGUUUUUCUGGCCCGCGGGAAUGGAGGGGCUGGGUUCAAGAGAGUGGUGAAGGAGGUUCAUAAUCCGCGCGUGGGCGCUCAUGUUACAGACUCGUCGUUUCUGGUAUCAAAGGAAAAGGAGUUUGUCGAGUGGGUGGACGGGACAUGGGACCAGCUGGUGAUGCGGAAGACCUAUGUGGAUGGAGACGAGGGCGAGGCUGUCGUUACGUAUGGCCAGAAGCAACCGGGGUAUUCGUUCACUCAUACGCUGAUGGAAUGUAUGGGGCAGGACUGAAGGGCAUGGAUGGUGUGGUACAAUAUGCCCACGUUCCAGAGACAAUCAAUUCCUACAUACUUCUAUGGGUUGCAUGGCAGAACUGUUCCCAUACAGGUAUUUCUUUCCACAAUCA